AUGGCCACCCUCCGAACGCGCCGCAAGGCAUCUCGAAUGGCCCUGUCUCCUAAUGCCGGAAGGAGCUCGUUGAAAAGUGCAAAGCCUAAUAGAGAUUGGAGGGGCCCCUUUUCUGGCAUGAACCAAACCGUGGCCCCCCGCAUUGGAGGCGCUGCACCACGCUCCAGGUCGGCAGCCGCGCAGAAGCGAUCCGGAGAAGACGACAAACCGGACAAGAAGAAGGAAAGCCCGCUGUACAAAGCAUUAAAAAUGCAGACAAUGCUGGCGCCAAUUGGAUAUGGCCGCCGGACGGCAAUCAAGUCCAAGAUUGCAAGCAUCACCAGCUUCGAUCAUUUCCCCUUACUGCCCGCGGUGCGACAGGCGAUUUUCUCCCAGGCGCUCCCGGGGAUCGCCAAUGUCACUCCGACACCGAUCCAACGUCUUGCCAUACCACAACUCCUGGACGAGGGAUCUGGAAACAAGAAAAAAGCAAAGAAGGAGGAGGCUGGCGAGCCACAGUACGACCAGUAUCUUCUCGCCGCAGAAACGGGCUCAGGAAAGACAUUGGCCUACCUGCUUCCGGUAGUGGAUGCAGCCAAGCGCAGCGAAGUACGCGACCUGGAAGAGCAGAAGGUGAUUGAGGAACAAAAGGCAAAAGAGCGAGAAGAGCGGCUGAAGAACCGCACAUUCGAGCUGGAGCCGGAGGAAGCGCCGAUGACUGAUGCUGGUCGUCCUAGAGUCAUCAUCUUGGUUCCUACAUCGGAGCUGGUGGCCCAGGUCGGAUCGACGGUCAAGGCUCUCGCCCAUACAGUCAAGUACCGGUCUGGCAUGAUCUCUUCAAACCUCAGUCCGCGUCGGAUCAAGAACACGCUCUUCCACCCGAGUGGAAUUGACAUUCUAGUUUCGACACCGCAUCUUCUGUCGUCUAUUGCCAAGACGAACCCUUACGUCCUCAGUCGUGUCAGCCACCUGGUCCUCGACGAAGCCGAUUCCCUGAUGGACAAAUCCUUCCGACCAACCACCACCGAGAUCAUCGACAAGGUCGCCCCGUCUCUCAAGAAAUUGAUUUUUUGCUCGGCCACCAUUCCCCGCAGUCUCGACACCCAACUUCGCAAACUCUAUCCGGACAUCAAACGAUUGACAACUCCCAAACUACACGCCAUCCCGCGCCGCGUGCAGCUGGGCGUGGUGGACAUCGAAAAAGACCCGUACCGCGGACACCGCAAUCUCGCCUGCGCCGAUGUGAUCUGGUCGAUCGGUAAAGCCGGUCCCGAGGAAUCUGCUGGGCAACUGGAGCAAUACAUGGAGCCGCGAGUGAAGAAGAUCAUCGUGUUUGUCAACGAGCGCGAGGAAGCCGAGGAAGUAGCAGAGUUCCUUCAGUCCAAGGGAAUCGAUGCGGUGUCAUUAUCCCGGGAUUCCAGCUCUCGCAAACACGAAGAAAUCCUGGCCGAAUUCACCGACGUCGCUACUCCCCCAACCUCCGAGGAGAUCAUGCUGGCCAACAAGCGCCGCAAGCAAGAUAAGGCUAUCCCCUUCGUCCUGGAGAAAGAGGACAGGCCCACCCGCCGUCUGGCCGACACCAAGGUCCUGGUGACCACCGAUAUCGCCUCGCGCGGUAUCGACACUUUGGCCGUGAGGACGGUCAUCCUUUAUCAUGUGCCGCACACAACGAUCGACUUCAUCCACCGUCUCGGCCGACUCGGCCGUAUGGGCAAGCGUGGUCGUGGUGUUGUGCUUGUCGGCAAGAAGGACCGCAAGGACGUGGUCCGCGAAGUGCGCGAGGGCAUGUUCCGCGGUCAAGCACUGAUCUGA